AGAGAGAGAGAGUCUUAGAGAGAAGGAUAUAACAUCAAGCAGUUAUUAGGAUAAGUUUUCACAGCAGACAGGUUGUGCUAUCAGGGAGUACGUGCCUCUCUACCUCUCACUCUUUGAAUUUUGGUUUAUACAGACCAAGUCUCCGUCUUCCGUUCUUCUGUCGUUUUCUUCUUCGUUUAGAGAUUUGAUUUCCUUGACCAUUGCAUUGGUUCAAAAUCUAUUUGCUGGAUAUUAAGUGGAAUCCACUUUAUCAACUUUUUUUGUUGUACCUUGGAUAACGGCCGAGCCGUUCUGCCUUCACCAAAUAUGGCAACGCCCCGUUUUUGGGGACUGCUGGUAGCCCUCAUAGCUUUGGUGCCUCAUCUUGUUACAGCUCAAGAAUUUUGUGUGCCGAACCAGUGUUCCAAUGGUGAGACAUGCUACAACAGACCAGGAUCUACAGUGUCAUCAUACGCUUGUUUAUGUACAAAUAUGCAAGUGGGUUACGAUUGCUCUCAGAAUGUCUUUACCAGGGUUUUAGAAUCUUGCUAUGGAACAGAGUGUCAAAGCGGUAGAUACUCUUCACCAAACUACCCAGCUCCAUAUAAUUUCCGGGAAGUAAGGGUCUACCUCUUGUUCAUUCCUGGAGCUACUGAAAUCACCUUCGUUUUCAGUGAUCCGUUUCAAGUAGAACAACGCAAGGAUGAACUUUAUAUUGGAGCAGGUCUAACGUAUGAUGAUAUACUGGAUUUGAACGGGACAGAUACGCCAUCGAAACAGAUAUAUUUUUACGAGAAUAGUAUUGUGCCACAACCUCUAACGCUGUUCAACACAGAUUCUGCAUUCAUCACAUGGAAAACUGACAAAAAUAUUGAGCUACUGGGCUUUGAAGUUACUUGGACGGCAGUAUUUGAUAGAGUGUUACCUAUUGCCACAUGCCCUGCGGAUACACAGCGGGAGGUUGGAUUAGGUCAAACGAGUAGUCAAGUCUUCUUUAUUGCACCUACUGCAACAGACAACAGUGGAGUAGUCCCGACAAUUGUUUCUCAAACUCAUGCACCAAAUGAUGUCUUUGGCCUUGGUAUCACCCAAGUUACCUACACCUUUGCUGAUGGCAGUGGGAAUCAAGCUUCUUGCAGCUUUAAUGUUAUUGUUGUACAAGUUGAUACUAUUCCACCAGUGGUGAACUGUCCUCAGGAUUUCACCCAGACUGUCGAGUUUGGUACAACAUCUGCAUCGGUUAAUUUUGUUACACCUACUGCAACGGACAACAGUGGUGUAGCCAUUCUUGAUUCCAGCAGCCACUUACCAGGGGCUUUCUUUGUAGUUGGUCAAACUCAAGUUACCUACAGAUUUAGAGAUGGAUCAAACAAUUUUGCUGCAACCUGUCAAUUCUUUGUCAAUCUUGUAGCAAUUGAUAGAACGCCACCUGUUGCCACAUGCCCUGCGGAUAUCCAGCGGGAGGUUGGAUUAGGUCAAACGAGUAUUCAAGUCUUCUUUACUGCACCUACUGCAAUAGACAACAGUGGACUAGCCCCGACAAUUACUUCUCAAACUCAUGCAACAACGGAUUUCUUUACCAUUGGUAACACCCAAGUUACCUGGACCUUUGCUGAUGCCAGUGGAAAUCAAGAUUCUUGCAGCUUCAAUGUCAAUAUUGUACAAGUUGAUAGAACGCCACCUGUUGCCACAUGCCCUGCGGAUAUCGUGCGGGAGGUUGGAUUAGGUCAAACGAGUACUCAAGUCUUCUUUACUGCACCUACUGCAAUAGACAACAGUGGACAAGUCCCGACAAUUACUUCUCAAAGUCAUUCAACAACAGAUUUCUUUAACAUUGGUAGCACCCAAGUUACCUGGACCUUUGCUGAUGCCAAUGGAAAUCAAGAUUCUUGCAGCUUCAAUGUCAUUAUUGUACAAGUUGAUAGAACGCCACCUGUUGCCACAUGCCCUGCGGAUAUCGUGCGGGAGGUUGGAUUAGGUCAAACGAGUACUCAAGUCUUCUUUACUGCACCUACUGCAAUAGACAACAGUGGACAAGUCCCGACAGUUACUUCUCAAAGUCAUUCAACAACAGAUUUCUUUAACAUUGGUAGCACCCAAGUUACCUGGACCUUUGCUGAUGCCAAUGGAAAUCAAGAUUCUUGCAGCUUCAAUGUCAUUAUUGUACAAGUUGAUAGAACGCCACCUGUUGCCACAUGCCCUGCGGAUAUCGUGCGGGAGGUUGGAUUAGGUCAAACGAGUACUCAAGUCUUCUUUACUGCACCUACUGCAAUAGACAACAGUGGACAAGUCCCGACAGUUACUUCUCAAAGUCAUUCAACAACAGAUUUCUUUAACAUUGGUAGCACCCAAGUUACCUGGACCUUUGCUGAUGCCAAUGGAAAUCAAGAUUCUUGCAGCUUCAAUGUCAUUAUUGUACAAGUUGAUAGAACGCCACCUGUUGCCACAUGCCCUGCGGAUAUCGUGCGGGAGGUUGGAUUAGGUCAAACGAGUACUCAAGUCUUCUUUACUGCACCUACUGCAAUAGACAACAGUGGACAAGUCCCGACAGUUACUUCUCAAAGUCAUUCAACAACAGAUUUCUUUAACAUUGGUAGCACCCAAGUUACCUGGACCUUUGCUGAUGCCAAUGGAAAUCAAGAUUCUUGCAGCUUCAAUGUCAUUAUUGUACAAGUUGAUAGAACGCCACCUGUUGCCACAUGCCCUGCGGAUAUCGUGCGGGAGGUUGGAUUAGGUCAAACGAGUACUCAAGUCUUCUUUACUGCACCUACUGCAAUAGACAACAGUGGACAAGUCCCGACAGUUACUUCUCAAAGUCAUUCAACAACAGAUUUCUUUAACAUUGGUAGCACCCAAGUUACCUGGACCUUUGCUGAUGCCAAUGGAAAUCAAGAUUCUUGCAGCUUCAAUGUCAUUAUUGUACAAGUUGAUAGAACGCCACCUGUUGCCACAUGCCCUGCGGAUAUCGUGCGGGAGGUUGGAUUAGGUCAAACGAGUACUCAAGUCUUCUUUACUGCACCUACUGCAAUAGACAACAGUGGACAAGUCCCGACAGUUACUUCUCAAAGUCAUUCAACAACAGAUUUCUUUAACAUUGGUAGCACCCAAGUUACCUGGACCUUUGCUGAUGCCAAUGGAAAUCAAGAUUCUUGCAGCUUCAAUGUCAUUAUUGUACAAGUUGAUAGAACGCCACCUGUUGCCACAUGCCCUGCGGAUAUCCAGCGGGAGGUUGGAUUAAGUCAAACGAGUACUCAAGUCUUCUUUACUGCACCUACUGCAAUAGACAACAGUGGACAAGUCCCGACAAUUAUUUCUCAAAGUCAUUCAACAACAGAUUUCUUUAACAUUGGUAGCACCCAAGUUACCUGGACCUUUGCUGAUGCCAAUGGAAAUCAAGAUUCUUGCAGCUUCAAUGUCAUUAUUGUACAAGUUGAUAGAACGCCACCUGUUGCCACAUGCCCUGCGGAUAUCCAGCGGGAGGUUGGAUUAAGUCAAACGAGUACUCAAGUCUUCUUUACUGCACCUACUGCAAUAGACAACAGUGGACAAGUCCCGACAAUUAUUUCUCAAAGUCAUUCAACAACAGAUUUCUUUAACAUUGGUAGCACCCAAGUUACCUGGACCUUUGCUGAUGCCAAUGGAAAUCAAGAUUCUUGCAGCUUCAAUGUCAUUAUUGUACAAGUUGAUAGAACGCCACCUGUUGCCACAUGCCCUUCGGAUAUCCAGCGGGAGGUUGGAUUAAGUCAAACGAGUACUCAAGUCUUCUUUACUGCACCUACUGCAAUAGACAACAGUGGACAAGUCCCGACAAUUAUUUCUCAAAGUCAUUCAACAACAGAUUUCUUUAACAUUGGUAGCACCCAAGUUACCUGGACCUUUGCUGAUGCCAAUGGAAAUCAAGAUUCUUGCAGCUUCAAUGUCAUUAUUGUACAAGUUGAUAGAACGCCACCUGUUGCCACAUGCCCUGCGGAUAUCCAGCGGGAGGUUGGAUUAAGUCAAACGAGUACUCAAGUCUUCUUUACUGCACCUACUGCAAUAGACAACAGUGGACAAGUCCCGAGAAUUAUUUCUCAAAGUCAUUCAACAACAGAUUUCUUUAACAUUGGUAGCACCCAAGUUACCUGGACCUUUGCUGAUGCCAAUGGAAAUCAAGAUUCUUGCAGCUUCAAUGUCAUUAUUGUACAAGGUCAGUAUUACUGAAAUAAUGCUUAUUUGAGUUAAUGACAUAAACCUGCAUGAAUUUUCCUCAGAAAAAAAAAAAAAAA